AUGCCAAAGUCCCGUCAGGUUCCGAAUGAGGACCUUGAUGAGAUAUUUUCUGAUGAGUCCAGCUUCUACGGCGAUGACGCAGAAAAGUCCCGUUUGGAGGAGCUAGCCCAAUCGUACGAUCCAGUACCGUACUGGACAAACAUCCACCCAUAUUUGCUAUCUACAAUCCAGCAUGAAUUACGAGCCCCAAAGCCUGUUCCUACACCCUCCGAUGGUGAUCAAGCCAAAGGCGAAUUGCCAUUAGAUCCAGACCUGCUCGCCGAGAUCCCUCUCACAACACUGCGCCGCAAUGCGCGCAGCCCAAAAGAGCCUGUCCAUGACUUCCUAGCACGCCUGCCCCCAUCUACAGCAAAAGAGAAAGACGUUGGGCCAUGGAUAUACGUCGCGAACCCGCACCGCAAAGCCGAUCCAGACGAGCAGGCUAUCGCCAAACUCGUCCGUGAGGGAACCGACCUACUUCACAGAUUCGAGGACCAGAAAGCAGAGCUAGAAGCGGAGCAUGAUCGUUCGAGGUCCAAAUCCAAGGCAGCGCUGACGCGCAAGCUGAACCCAUUGCGGCGGACAUUGGAACAGGAUAUCUUCGCGCUGGCGCGGAAGACGGGUGUCGUGUCUGGGAAAUGGAUGAUGUUUAUCACCGCCGAUCGAGUGGAUAAGUAUUGGGAGGCAGUUGCGACUGGGACCGUGUCUGGGCAAUUGGGUGAUGCGGCCAAGGUUGCGACGGACGAUGGCUCCGGAAGGCCGCGGCUUAUCGCAAUCUACACGAAAGAUUAUGCGGAUAGGCAAGACGUAAAACGCGUGCUUGAACAGAUGGUAGAUUUAGGCCUUGUGAAGACAGACGAGAGGCCUAUCUACUACAAGUGUGAUGCAUUCACGUACCUGCGCAUCAUGAGCGAUAACCCAUACGGCCUCAAGGCGAGCAUGGCCUCCAGUCGGGAUGUGUUGGCAGGUAAGGUGUGA